GCUCUCCGUAUCUAUCUCUCUCUCCACUGCUGCCCAUCACCGUGUCUGUUUCUUUGGACUCGGUUGGACAGCGCUGUCACCUUUCUUCGCUUUUUAAAUCUAUAAUGAUAUAGUGGUCCCGGCAAUGGCUCCCCUCCCGGAAGCCUUCUUCCCGUCCCUGGACAAGUGCUUCUCCGGGGACAUCCAGCUUCUAUCAUGGAAGAAAGCCUUCCUAUGCAUGUGUGAUCGCACAAGUAGGGGCGACGAUGCGGAUCAACUACACGCCUUCCUGUCGCAUCCCGACAGCGUCCAGCUGCUCUCGAAUUGCUUGAACGGCUUCCCUUCCCCAUCGGCGAAAUCUAAGACCGACUUCGAAUCCAAAACGGCAGCUAUUCAUGCCGAGACAAAUGCACAGUCUUCAUACGACCUCAAGGAGAUCAAGGCGGACGCUCUCUGGUUGAGCGAGAAAGCCGGUAUCGAUGAAAUCAGUGCGCUUCGGGUGACCAUAUUGGAAUGGCAGAAUCGGCCCGCUACACGCCUUUUAAUCCGUUAUGCUGGAGAGGAAACAACUAGUUUGCAGAGUGCAACAGGAGCCGAUAAUUUGCGCGCAUCCCUCGCCGGUCCUGCUCUUGCGGAAGUUCUCAAUCGCAAAAACUUGACGAACGAUGAUCCCGCCGAAUUUCAUCUCGAGAAAAGCAGGCGCCUGAGGCUACGCAGUACUUAUCUUUCUGAACGAAGUCAUGUCAUCAAGGUAGCUCGCAAGCUCCUGAGCUUUUUCCAUCUUAGCAGGGUUGAGCCCGAUGCCACCCAGCAAUUGUCGACCCACCAAAGUGCACUAUGCGAAUUAGGCGUCAACAUCUUUCAUCAUAAGCUCAAAGGAGGGAAUUGGCAUGAUUUCAGUGAAAAUUGCAUCGACGCUAUUCGCAGCCGACUAACAUCCCUGACGGGAGAUGCUGGGUGGUUAAGCGCCACCGAGAGUAGCCAGCAGGUGGAAGAUUUGUGGUCAACAACCCUAGUCGAAGAAAUCCUGCAUAUCGUGCAAAUACUGUUCUACCAACUCCAGGCUUCCAAAGAAAUUCCGUCCGCCAGUCUCGUACUCUCCUGGCUCAAGCUGAUGGUUGACCAUAGCUUUUUAGAGCCACUUGUGAUUCCUUGUCAGGAUCCCUUGGAGGUAUUGGUGCCCCUCCAGGGUCUCGUCUCUCUAACUACGGUCGCGCUUUUGAAACUUCAGUCGUCGAUCAAUUCCAUCAUGAACAAGUCUUUUCUCAAGGGCAAGGUCCCCGAUUCGUCCAAAACUCAGUACUUCUUGAGUAAGGAUGAGAUCGGCCAAAUUCAUGAGAUGUUUAUGUCCGAAGGCCUUGAAUGCAGGACUGCUAAUCCGGGCGCGUUUUCGUGGGGUAUGAUCUUACACACCAUGCAGGAGCUCGCAAUCAACGAUAAAGAAGCACGCGAGCUAGAGCAAUUUCACAGCGCCGUCGAUUCUUUCCAGUCAAACACACCUGACUCAAAUUUCGGUCAGUCAUCCGAGUUUUCUCUCUAUGAGGACUUGCUUGAGCGCACACGGGGACCGAACUACACUAUCGAAGAGUCAAUCGCUAUCUUGACCUCAGAUGCGAUGAAGGAGGUCGUGUUCGACACGAUAGUCGCACUAGCCACCAAAGUCGAACCGACUUCCGCGGUCGAUGAUCAACUCAUGGGCAACUGGAUCCGUGCGGUGUUGCUAGACUUUCUUCAGUCUGCACUAAAGUUUUUGGAUUAUUCACCGGAAAUUCUGGAAGCAGUCCUGGCAAUUCUCAAUGGGCCUGCGGCAGAGCCUCAGUGGCUUUCGGAUUCGCAGGCGCCUCCCUUAACAGACCCACGGUUGAUGUUCGUCCAAGAUGAUGGUCUGAUGGACAAUGUCUUUCGGAUAGCACAAUCGCGGUUUCCUUAUGAAACAGUGCCUUUCUUGAAGCUAUGCCGUGCUCUGGUCAGCAAAGAUCUGGUUGACGAAGAAGGCUUUCCAUUAAUCGCCGCUGAGCUGGAGAAUAUGGUAUCAUUCACUCAGAUCGUACGCGAUGGUUUUCAUGGCUACCAGACAGUGAGGGAGGAUGAAAAUGCAAACCUUGUCACUUUGAUUGAGCCGCUGCCGAUGGUAUCAGCCUCUCCUCGGAGGUUGAUCAGCAGCCGUGAUGUGGGUAAUGCCUUGGUUGUCACCGCCUCUUCUCAGAUACCUUCAAUGGCAGUUGGACAGGUUGUCUCUGAAUCGAGGCCUGCAGUCAUCAGGUGGCAUCAUCAGUAUUCCUGUUUGAGCUAUCUUGGAAGCUGGCUGGAAGAAUGGAACGAGCAAGGAGGUUUCGCAGCAGGCUAUGGGGAGGACACCGUUGCAGAUUCCAUUGGACUGCUUGCCGACCUCAUAAUAGCUGCUAAGGACGCGCAGGCACAGAAUGGCGGCCGCUCUGGUGCUAAGCGCAUUCUUGAGCUGGCAAGUGAUGGGCUCUGUCACCAAGGCGAUAUCAUAUCCUUGAUAUUCGAGAUCUUCGAACGGAAUCUCCCACUGAUUGGCUCCAGAACAGGUCUAGAAGCUGUCUUGGAGAGUACGGUCGUGUGUUUGCGGUUCAUUCAUGCUCUGCUCGAAGUUCUUCCAGGCAGAGUGUGGCCCUUCCUCUCCCGCAGUGGCCUUCUGGGUACUGAAGGCAAAGGUGCCGUCAUGACAACCAUCAUAUCAGCUGCGGAGGUAACUUCUGGGGAUUAUCCUUUCCUGCUGAGCUGUGUAAGAUUGUUUGAAGCUGCCGUUGACGAUGCAGCCUCUCGCGCGGUCUUGAGACGGACUCCUACUAAUGUGAACGGGAAGGCGGUAAAUGCUGCAGACUGGACCGCAGGCGUUCCUUCACAUAUGAUGCGAGGCAUUCUACUCAACUUUACGCGGAUAAUGGUCGACGCUUACAACAGCAAUGGGAAUUGGAGAUUCAAUGCCAUCGAGCAAAGGUUUGAGGUAAACACAUCUCUUGCCCGAACAUUCGAACGUAUUAUAUAUUACGCCUACGGAACGAAUGAAGAUGAGAAACCAGACUUGAAGGCAACCGGUGUCUUCUCUUCCGCCGCGGACUACUUGCUCGAGGUGAUGCGUCCCGAGUCGACCGAUGAUUUGCCCUUCAACUCCCUUCUACGCCUCAUCCUUGAUGGCUUGCAAACUCCUUCUACUUUGUAUCUUCGUUACUUGGCUCUGGUUCAGAAGCAGGUGCUAUCGACAUUAGAUUUCUCACUCAGGCUGUUGCAGGCAGCACGGUGCCUGAAACUUCCUUCCUCGCUUCUUGAGGAGCAACUUUUCAAGGCUACACCUGCACUCGUGAAGUUGUAUGCUUUGGAUGAUGUCUAUCGUUUCCCGGUUGUCUCGAUCCUGGAAAUCCUUAUAAAGAGUGCCGCCUCAAAUUCCGCAAAAGAACCACCAUCUCUGGUGGGUCACCUGGGUCCUGAAUCGGCUUGCCUUUUCCUCGACAUCUUGUCUCAGUUUGACCAGCCCUUCAAUGAACAGCGCCUUCGAUUGGCGGUCUGGCAUCUCUUAUCCACCAUUAUCAGCAAGCGUCAGCCUUGGCUUGCGGUUUAUAUUCUAACAGGGACUUCACCACGUCAAUCACUGAAAAAGGACGACAAGCACAAGGAGAUCUCUAUGAGGGGAGCUCCUUUCUUGCAAAUUGCCCUUGAUACCCUCGCGAAGAUAGAGCAGACCGACCUUCAAAUAGCACUUUCGCUACUGGAGUUUGUCUCUCACGCGCAGGAACACUGGCCAUGGGCGACUCCCGAGCUUAAAAAACACCCGCAGUUCCUCACUAGCAUCGUCAACUAUGUCUCGAAGUUGAAGAUUUCGUCUCUAGCAGUGACAGACCAGGUCUUUGCUACUCGGAUAGCGGCCGUGAUUGCGGACCUUUGCGGCGUGUACUUGCAUGCUGCGAAGGAUAUGCAAGAUCAAGGGUUUUAUAAGACCAUGAUUCCCAUGGUAUCAUGGUUCUCUAAAGAUGCGGUGGAUGUAUCUGCCUACAAUGCCUCACUGCAUGCGAAUCUCAAAAAGAACUUCGAAAUGAGAUAUCAGGGAUGCAAACUCGCCGACUUCAAGAGGUCUCCGCUACAGUCGCGGUCAUUGGGGGCAGGCUACUACUAUGAUGUGGAGUUAGGCCAGAAACUUCUAUCGUACGAUUUCGCUUGGACAGGAACUCGUAAUCAAGGAUUCGCCGAAGAGUUUCAGCGCGCCAACCUCAACUUGUCCUUGGUUGAGGCGCAGGUGAAUCUUCUCUAUAGCUGGAAAUUCUUCGCCAUAGAGCAUUGCGAAGACUUCAUGGCGGAUCGCGAAGUCCAGAAGUCGAUGGCCCUGGUCGUAAAGAGUUGCCUGGAGGCUAACACGAGGGGCGUUCCUCAGGAAGCCAUCUUCGAACGCAUCCAGCAGACCCGAGCAGAGUUUGCUCAGGCUCUGCUUCAACGACUGGUUACCAUUGGUGCCAGAGGAGCCGAGGUCUUCGGUCUACUCAAGGUCGUAUGGGAUGCGUUGCGAUCUCGCCAUAGUUCCUACGAGGAAGCUAUUAUUAACGACGACACGGAGUAUUACCGCCUACUGUUGAAUGUCCUAUUCCUUGCGCUUCAGUUUCACCUCGACACCCCUUCGCGGGCAGCACCAGAAACCUUGACUAAGAAAGCCGAAGUGUCGUCUGACCUUGGAGUUGUGGUUGAGAUUGUCAAGGUGGUUGUUGCUCAAGGCUUCAAGUCCCUCGUGACCUAUCUUCAUGAACAGCCGGAGAAAUGUACGCCCAAAGACUUUGCCCUCCUCACCGCGAUCUUGCAGAGUGCCCUGCAAGUUAAGAACGUUGAUCGCUUGUUCGAGCACAUCGCCUACCAUAUUGCAGAUAAUGACACAGCACGACUUGCGACAGCCUUAUUCUCAUGGGCUGAUCAACGGAUGGUGGCUGGGGAUCCCGUCUACGGUGAGCUGAGUAUUUCCUUGCUGGUCAAGUUGUCCACUAUACCCAUGCUGGCGGAGCAUCUGGCCGUUGAGACCGUUCUCGCGCGGAUUUCCACGAGCCGUAUCUCCAACUUUAUGCGCCAGAGCAAUGGAUUUGGACCGUUCGAUCCGGUGCCCCGGAUUUAUUCCAUUUGGACCGGCGGCAUUCUUCCUCUGUGUCUGAAUCUCCUUUUCCACGUGAUGCGCACGGCGCCAGAAGUGGCCGCGUUCCUCAACCAAUACGAAGGCCAGUUGAGGCGGUCGGCCGAAUCCUUUGCGAGUCGCGCCGCCAGCGUUUCUGGGGUUGCCUCCACCCGGCAGGUCACUCUCAGCAUGGUUUCUGAAGCGUACUCCCUUGCGCUGGUCUCGAUGAUCCUGACCCGAUUCCGGGAAGCUGGCGCCAGUAUUGGUGUGGAUGCGCAAGCGAUUCAAGAACUGAAAUGGGACAAGGCGCGAGUUAAGGAGGAUAUCGAGGAGCUGCUCGAGCGGAAACAGAGUCUCCGAGCACGCAUCGUGGCGACCAGCGACAAAGAGCUGGAGUUGGCACGUCAGAAGCCGGUUGAUGCCGCCUCGGGGGCCGGGAACCGUUUGGAGGAGAAGAUCAUGAAUGAACUAAAGGCGACGCUGGCAUGCCUCGGUGGUGAUGAGGCGUGAGGGGGUUAGUGAAGUAGGGUGCAAGGGUGGGCUUUGUUUAGAAUCUAAACUAGACAAUAGUUUCUUAUCUCUUCCAUGGGAGAAGGGUGUUUUUCCAUGCUGUAUGGCCU